AUGUUCCUGAACAUCCUUCACCAGCUGGACAUUCCCCACGAGUCCAACGCCCCCGAGUCGGGAACUCUCAUUUGUGUCGUCCAAGCCCUCAAGAAAGACGUUAGCCUAGUGUCUCAUCCGACCGCGACCUCUCCACCCUCCGGCGAGAGCUCUGCUCAAGCAAGUCUCACAGAACCGACUCAUACUACCGUCGCAACCGCAGGUGUAGGUUCGACGAAGCGCAAGCGACAUAUGGAUGAACCUGAGUCCCUCCCCAAUAAGAAGCAGCCGAAAACGGACGGAGGCAGAGCCCAUGACACGCUGUCUCUUGAAUGCGCAAUAUGGAAAGGGCCUAUCGAGCUGAAGGAAAGGCUCUCAAAGACAAAACAGGAGUUGAAGGAGGCUCUAGGAAAGGAAUUGGAACUCGAGGCCCGCAUUGCCGACCUGCAGGCGUUGGAAGAUGGACGUCACACUCAUGCAGGCCAUCUCAGAAGCAUGGCUCCGUCACUUCUAAUUAAAGGGGCAGCAGUGGGCGGCCGCAUUGCCAACACUCAGGAUGGCCAGAAGCAGAUGGAUGACGACAAAGCCCAGUUCCAAAAGUACGUUCAACACCUACAGCAGGCUCACGAGAUGGCUGCGAUAGCCUACCUUUCAGCAAGCGAUACGAACACUACAAGUUUUCUCCAAGAAAGCAAGCAAAAGCUAGAAGACGCGUAUACAGCCACGAGAAGGUUGAAAGACAUGGUUGGGGAGCUCGAGGAACAAGGCCGGGAGAAAAUAGCAGAGCUCAUGAAGCUUCAAAAAGCUGUUGAGGAGGCCGUGGCGGUUCUGGGCGAAGACUUGUGA